AUGAACUACCAGCGAAUGGCCAUUGAAAAGGAGGCUCCGGAGGAGGUCGGAGCCGUGAUCAAAUACAACCUUUCCGAGAGCGCCAUAUCAGACCAGACGCUCGAGUCGUUGAACAUCACCAUCCCCCGGGACACGGUGCUGACUUACACAGAGCACAAGGGCAGCUCCAAGAUUCGCUCGCUGGUCGCCCAGGCUUCGAACGGCAGCAUCAGCCCCGAGGACGUGCUCGUGACGGCGGGCGCCUCGACGGCCCUCUUCGUCGUCAACACGGCCCUCCUGGGCCCCCGGGACCACGUGGUCAUCACGCGUCCCAACUACGCGACCAACCUGGAGGUGCCGCGCGCCAUCGGCUGCCGUGUCACCCAUGUCGAUCUGGAGUUCGAGUCCCAGUACCGCGUGGACCUGGCCCAGGUCGGCGCCGCCGUCCGCCCCGGCGUCACCAAGCUCAUCAGCGUGUGCUCCCCCAACAACCCCACGGGCACGAUGCACUCUGGAUCCGAGCUCCGGGCGCUUGCGGACCUCGCCAAAGAGAAAGGAUGCUACCUCGUCGUCGACGAGACGUACUCGGAGCUCAGGUACGCCUCGGGCCGGGCAGGAGAGGAGUCGAUCCCGGCCGCGGCCUCGCUGGGCAGCCACGUCAUUGGCGUCUCGUCCAUGUCCAAGGCCUACGGGGUUCCGGGCAUCCGCGUCGGCUGGCUCACCACCACCGACGCUCGUCUGCAGGAGGCGUUUCUCGCGGCCAAGGAGCAGAUCAGCAUCUGCGGGAGCAGCCUUGACGAGCUCUGCGCCGAGCAGAUCCUCUCCCGGCGCGGCGAGAUACUCCCCGCGACCAUUGCCGAUAUGCAGAAGCGGAGGGACCGCAUUGGCCGCUGGAUCGCCGAGGAGAGCGAGUGGCUGGACUGGGUCGAGCCCGAGGCCGGCGUCAUGUGCUUUGUCAGGAUCAAGAAGGAGCCCGUGGGGGGGUUCGCGGCAUUCUACAAGACAUUGCUGGAGGAGCACGGGGUCUACAUCGGGCGGGGGGGUUGGUUCGAGAGAGAGGACAGCUUUUUCCGGCUGGGAUAUGGAUGGCCGACAUGGCAGGAGUUGGAACAUGGACUUGUCCUUAUUUCCAAGGUCCUUCGGGGAUGA